GGGCAAGCCAAACCAAAAACACCAGAGAGAGAGAGAGACAGAAUAAAAGCAAAAAAAAAACACAUGCAUCCCCUUUCUCUCUCAAAUUCCCAAAUCUAAUUCGAUUCGCAUCUCAAACAAAACCCUAAAUUUGUCAAACAUGCACACAUUUCACUGAUUUCAGAUCCACCACCUCUCCCAAAUGCCGACCACCACAACCACCGCCACCUACGGCUCCAUCCCAUCCCCCUCCCCUUCCACCGCCACUUGGCAACCACCAACCUCCACUCCCAUCCCCACACCCCGUUCAUGGCGCGAAUUCUUCUCCCUCUCCUCCCUCUCCCGUCCCUACUCCUACGACGACGCAAUGCUCCGUCUCCGUCAUAACCUAACCUACUUUCAAUUCAACUACACCACCACAAUCCUCCUCAUCGUCUUCCUCAGCCUUCUUUGGCACCCGGUUUCCAUGAUUGUUUUCUUGAUCCUUCUCGUCGCGUGGUUCUUUCUUUACUUUUCGCGGAAUGGUCCUCUUGUUGUUUUUAAUCGAACAUUGGAUGAUCGAAUUGUGAUAUGUGGUUUGGGAGUUGUUAGUGUUGUUGGGCUUGUGGCUACUCAUGUUGGGGUUAAUGUUUUGGUAGCUUUGAUUGUUGGUGUUGUUGUUGUGGGUUUGCAUGGUUCUUUUAGGGUUAUUGAGGAUUUGUAUGUUGAUCAGGAAAGUGGGCUGCUUUCUGUUGUUGGAGGAACCCAAGCUGCUCCUACCAGAACAAAUUAUACUCGAAUUGGAUGAAAAAAAAGGUGUUUUUUUGUCGGUUUCACGUCUUAUUCCUGUUCAUUUCCUCAAAUCUGGUACAGGGUCCCUUGCACGUAUACACUCGAAUUUGACGAAGAAAGUGUUUUCAGUUUUUUUUGCUUUGCAUUGUCAAAUUGAUGAUUUGGUUAAGAAGGGAAAGUAGACUUCAAAGCUGAGUUGGUCACAGCAGCGGUGAAUUGGCCAAGCGUGUUGUUUUUUCUUUUGGGUAUUCAGUGACUCGUGUCUUCAAAAGUUGAAGCUGCUGAUGUCAUGAGAAUGUAACAAUGUUCAGGUAGCAAUGACUUGAUCGCAUCGAAUCGGAAUUAGGUGUGUUUUUGUCAAUGUUGGAUAGAUUUGAGAAUUUUUAGAGGAAGAGAAUCUGUUAAUGUAGUAGUAAUAGAUGGUGGGUCUGUUUUACUUGUUCAACAUUUUCUGUUACUGGUACCAUUUUUACAUAUGAUUUGACGAGUUCUCUGAUUUUGCUUCACAA